AUGCAACACUUACAAAUCCUCAUCGUGGGCGCCACAGGCCAACAAAGCACAGCGACCAUCGCAGCCCUCCUCAAAGCCACCACCAAGCAGAAAAGCCCAGCAAGCCCAGCAUUCAGCAUCCUGACCCUCACACACUCCGCCGCUUCCCCGAAGGCCAUCGCACUAAAGCAGAAGUUCCCAGAGGUCACGUUCGUCGAAGGCUCGACCCGAGCCCCCGAGCCGCUAUUCUCCGCGCACCCGGACAUCACAUCCAUAUUCCUCGUCACCGUCCCGCCGGACGAGGAGCCGCAUUUCGCGAGCAAGCACAACAUCGAGCUGCACCUGCGCUCUGCCACUGCCAAUGCCACGGCCACGGCGCGAAGUUCGAAGACGCGGUGGACGAUCCUCCGCCCGACGGGCUUCAUGGACAACUACGGCGCGCCCACGGCCUUCGGCAGGACGAUGGCUGCGCUCUGGGCCACCAUGCUCCCGGACCGCGCCAUUCAGCUCGUCAGCGUGCGGGAUAUCGGCUUGUUCGCGGCUAAGGCCUUGCUGCACCCCGACGCGUGGGCGGGCCGGGCCGUGGGGCUCGCGGGCGACGAGCUGACCUUCGACCAGGCGAGAGAGGUGUAUAGGCGCACGAUGGGGCACGAGAUGCCCCGGACAUGGACGGUGGUGGGAAGGGUGGUGAGGUGGGCUGUUGCGGAGGCGGGCGAUAGUAUGAAGUGGUUUGAGGAUGUGGGUUUUGGGGUCGACAUCGCGAAGUUGAGGGCAGAGGAGCCCGACCUAUUGGAUUUCGGCGGUUGGCUGGAGUAUUCGAAGGAAUGUCAAAACGGACAACCAGUCUCGCUUAGGUGA